AUGGCUUCGGGAGAUAGAGGUAGAAAAAGAGAUUAUCUACGAAACUCUUGGAGUAUGGUGAAGCGAUCUCUGUCAUCAUCUUCAGUAGCAAGAGAAGAUCCCUCUACGACUUCGCAAACAAGCAACGCUUCACGCCUUGAGGUCCUGUCGAGGCCUUCUACACGCCCUCGCUCAUCUCUAUCUCCAUCCUUAUCGCCAUCUAUUAACUCCCAACUCUCGCUGAAUCCCACAAUUACAACUGAGCCACCAACAGUGCCCGAUGCACCUAAAUCGCCUCCGUCUCAACCGUCAAAUCUCUGGAGUCGAGCGUUUCGCAAUGCAGAUGACACAACCAAGAAAUGGCUCAAAGAACAAGGAUUGGACCUCCAGUCUUCAGACGGAACGCAAGUCCAAGCUCAAAUCAAAGAAGUGAUGAGCCUCAUGAAAAGCAAAGAGAUUUCAGAAGAUGUCAGCAAACCGCGGACAAUCACAAUCGCAAAUCGCAAAAUUAUCGUUCGCGAAUACCUCGCGGAUGCUAUUGGCUUUGUUACUAUGGUCGGCGACGCAGCUAUUGCUUUCGCUCCACCUCAAGCGAGUGCGCCGUGGGCUAUUGCAAAAGCCGUCAUGAAAAUCCCAGUCAAUAGUAUUGAGCAGAAAGCUGCUCUUGUCGGCACAAUCGAGUGGUUUAUACGCAUUACACGCAGAGGCCAAAUCUACGAAUCACUAUACACGGCGGAGACGACAGAUGAGGGAGUUUUAUCGAACUUGCACAAUGCCCUUGUCGAGCUAUAUACCGCUGCUACUGAGUUGUUUGCAAAAUUUGAUACCAUGGCUAAAGGUGGCGCUUUCAAAGAGCUUUUGACAGCCGUCUUUAGUCCCAAAUACGCUACAGAUCUUGUCGCCAAUGUAAACAAGAAGGAAGAAAACCUUGACAGGGAAGCCCGAAGUUGUGAAGCAUCGCGCUCUGCUAUAUCAUCUAAGGAGAUGAGGACUCAAAUAGACAAUUUGGAGAACGAGUUGGCUCAGCUGUCUUCACCACUACUUCGGAUAGAUGAUACUGUGUCAAGUAUCUUCCAAAAGGUCAAGGCGGAAGAGCUAGAGAAGCUGAUGGAAUUUAUCAGCUCAGAGAUGUUUGGGAAAAGUCACGAUAAUGUUACACAUUCAAGAGUGGAAAACACUGGAAAUUGGCUGCUGGCAAACCAAGAUUUCCGCGCUUGGCAAGAUAUACCCUCUUCUUCGGCUGUUUUCCUACUCAAGGGUGCUGGCGGUACUGGCAAAACAUAUCUCACUUCCAGAGUGAUUGAUCAUGUGAAAAGUAACUUGAAGAAAUCGCCACAUGACGAAGGGUUUGCAUUUUUCUAUUGUAAUCGAUCCGGAUCUUCGAUGCAGCAACCCAUCGUCGUUCUAAGAAGCUUUGUUCGUCAGCUAUCUGGUAAAGCUUUUGACGAUUCUGAUGAAAUUCAAAGCAGUCUCGUUGAAAAAUGCGCAGAGGCUAAAAAAAACGGGAGAGAAUUGAGUUAUGAGGACUGCGAAGAGCUCAUCUUGAAAUCCUUUGACGUCUAUUCAAAAACGACAAUCAUUCUUGAUGCUUUGGAUGAGUCUGAUAUUGGGACGUACAACUUAGCAAAAGCUCUUAUUCAAAUGACAGAAAAGUCCAAAAAGCCGGUAAAAGUGUUUAUAUCGAGCCGACCAGAUCGAGAAUAUUUAGAAGAAGUAAUCAAGGACAAGUUUCUAAUCACAGUGGACGCCAGCAAUCAACACGAUGACAUUCAGAAAUAUCUGGAAGACAAGCUAUACUCAACUAAGAGGUUUCAAGGGCGAGAAAAGGAGAUACGAGAUGAGAUCAGGGGUAUCUUCGAAACUAAAGGGAGCGGGAUCCUUGAAAAGUGUACUACGGAUGAUGCAGUGCAUAACUGGACUCGAAAACUGCCACGCGACUUGACAGAAGCGUAUAAUCAACUAUGGGACGUCAUUGAAGAGCGUGACGAAUCUGAUGUCGCUUUAGCUGAGCGUGCUAUUAAAUGGGUGCUGUGUUCUACUGAGCCGCUCAUAUCAGAGCAGCUCUUGGAAGCCAUCCAAUAUACAAUCGAAGGAUCUACGGUGGUGAAGAAAGGGAAACAGCCGCGGCAAGAAAUCUUGUCACUUUGCCAGGAUUUCUUGACGAUUGAUGAAAAACGAGGUGUAUGGAUGCUGCCGCAUGCCUCGGUGGCGGAGUAUUUUGAGUCAAGGGGCUGGACUGGUUGGAAGUGCGAUGCGCUUGCUGCGAAGUUUUGCCUCGGAUUUCUCGACGAAUUCCAACCGAAUGAGCUGUCUUACGGUACCUUUGCAUAUUACGUCAAAGACAACUGGCACAAGCACGUAACGCGAUACGACAAAUGGCUAGAAUUGAAGGAAGAAAAAGCGGAUCCAAGUGUUGCAACGGCUUUGAAGCGCUUUCUUGGAUCGCCAAACGAGAGCAGCGACAGCUAUCGGAAAUGGGCCCAAAGUCACGAGUAUGAUUAUCGCAUACAACCUUCCAACAUGGCUUUAUUUGCGAUGUGCAGAUUCGGAUUUUACCACACGUUGCGCGACUGGUGGCUGGAGGGCAAAAUCACUCAGGAGAUGGCCCUCCAAACAAAUGGGUGGGGCGAAAACCCACUUGUGUUCGCGGCUGAGAGCGGUUGCGUGCCAAUCUGCAGGCACUUGAUGGGCUUGAUUGAUGCGAUGCACCCCGAUGCAGGGAGACACGCCGUGGCGCUGAUCUCAGCAGUUUCCAGCAGGAAUUACGACAUCCUAAAGUUACUUGUGAUGGAAGGGAAUGCAGAUGUCAAUUUUGCAGAUGGUCAAGAAUCGACUGCUGCACAGUAUGCUGCAAUAUUUCGCCCCGAGAUGCUGCAAUGGAUGUUAGAUCAUAAACUCGUUAACCUAGAGAAAGAGAAUGAGAGCGGCUAUUGGGCUGGCAACGUUUUAAUCGCAGCUGCAGGUUAUGGAAACACUGAGUCAGUCCGAAUUCUUGUCGGGGCCGGAGCAAAUGUCAAUGCCGCUGUGCGAAAUGGCAAGUACGGGAGUGCCCUUGUCGCAGUGGCAGCGGAAUGUGAUUCUGAACGCCACGUGGAAAUUGCAAAUCUGCUCCUCGACAGCGGCGCUGAUCCAAACCUGCCUUUGAGAGGUGGCGUAUAUGGCAGCGCGCUUGAGGCAGUGGUUCGUGUUCCCUGGGGCAUGGGCACUAGAGAAGUAGAAAGCCGCAGAAAAUUACAGUGUAUGUUGCUUGAAGCUGGAGCGGAUCCCACAGCCGUGUUUGAUCGAGGCGAGCAUGGAAGCGCAAUGGCCGCUGCGGCAUUCUUUGGAUGGAAAGACUUGCUCAAGGCCAUGAUUGACCGUGUUGGGGCGGACAAGGCUAUCCAUGUCCUUCGCCAGAGCAGGCAUCCCGAUAUACGUGAAUUUCAUAAUGAGGAAGACGUUGAGCGUUGGAAAGACACGGCCGCAUAUCUGGCCAAUGAAGUUGGCGCAAGUAAAGACGUUCUGCAAGGCAUCGGCCUGUGGGAUGUCGAGCCUGUGCAUAAUGAAUCUGGACGGUCGGUGAUUCGAUUUGCUGAAUAUGGCGAGGAGAGGAAUACUUCCAACGUUAAACUCCCAGUGACGGGUCGAAUUGAAGAGUAA